UCAUUUCCAACGGCUCACGGAAAACCAUAACAAAAGGUCAGGAUCCACAACCAAAUGAGCUCCCUGUUCCGCAGCCUUAAUCACUUUUCAUCCAAACGUGAAAAUGUCGUGAAGGAGGCGCUGAUAAAUACUCUAAACGAAAAUGCCCGCGAGAUAGAGUUCGAGGUGAAGCAGAAGAGUUUGGAGGUCCUGGGAUUGUGUGAGCAGACUAGUGCCUUAUGUACCACUUUGGAGGCCCUGUUUCUGCACGGGUUGAAGGACUCCUUCCUCUCUGCCACCUUCAAUGUCAUCGCUGGCGACGUGGAGCGUAGGCCAGAUCCCAGCUUCUGGUCACCUUGCAUGGUCUUCAUGCACAAGCAGGUGAUCGAGCAGAUUCAGGGCCUCAGUCAGAUCACCUCGGAGAUUGGACAGUGUCGCGCCUGGGUGCGCCAAUCCUUGAAUGAGUCCGUUUUCUCCUCCUACCUGAACAACAUGCGGAAGAAUGGAUCCGCUCUGUCCCAGUACUACAAGCGUAACGCCCUGGUCAGGGACUCCGAGGGUCUGGAGACUGCGGCCAAGAUUAUGGAGAGCCUGGAGGCAUAUGUUCAGUUUGAUCUGCCCGUGAACUCUAGUCUGCUGAACAACUGGCCCGACUACUCACUGCAGCUUUCUGAUCUUUGGACACCAGCACUAAAGUCCUGUCCGAUUAGUAGCGGUGUGGACAUAGCCAGCUCUCUUGGUUCUGAUAUUAUCGUCAUACCAACGCCCCAGCCCCUACAAACCAACGAACUUUUUUCGGAGUCCAUUUCGAAUAGCCCCUUUAGCCGGAGCGGCAACUUCGGAGUGCCUGAUCUCAGCCACCGCGAAAACUUGGAUUUGUUGAUACAAAAGAUUGAUGAGAUGGAUGUGAUAGACGAGGAGCAGACAUCAGGUGAUGCUGCGAAAGGAAGUGAAGCUGAAGAAUCGGAAGCUCCAUCGGGUAGUAAGCCUAGGACCCACAAAAAAUCUAAUCGUCAAAUGGAGCACUCCUUCGCCGAACUAGAUCUUGAGGCACCCAGCCUUCUCCCUCAAGGAAGCAACUCACUAUCCAAUCUGAUGCAGACCUCUUGGUCUGGUGACCUGGAAACAACACCUACUUCACCCACCGAGGACCUGACGGGAUCAAGGUUUCUCCAGCGAUCUGUAAGCGUCAGUAGCGCCGUUAGUCUGCGUUCCCCCAAUACAGACAGGUGUAGCUACAAUGCCCUGCUGCGAAAGCACGAAAGCAACCGCGAAAGUGGAGCCGGAUGGUCAGAGAUCUGGGAGAAGUUCCGGGCCAGUGCAUCCAACCUGAAUGUGGCUCAACCGCAACGGGAAAGCGAUCCGCCUAUUUCGGAAGACCUGAGUGAUUUGCAGUCGCUGGAUACCAACUCAGAAUUCGAGCUGCUAACUUCCGAAUUCGACAUGGUCGAGCUGCAGCAAAUGGUAGCGCAGCUAUGCCAACUAGCACGCGAACCAGGACUUAAUGUGCAGGGAUUCCUUUGUAAGAGCUGCCAGCAUCCUUUGGGGAUUGGCUACUCUAACUUUCAGGUUUGUGCCUUUAGUGGCAGUUACUACUGCAACAGCUGCAUGGAUGUAGAGAUACAACUGAUACCCGCUCGUAUUAUCUACAACUGGGAUUUCCGGAAAUACAGUGUCAGCAAGCGGGCAGCCACCUUUCUGGCCGAGUUCCGAUCACAUCCUUUUCUGGACAUGCAGCUACUAAAUCCCAGGAUAUAUUAUGCCUCUGAUGCCAUGGCUGAGUUGCAAUCCUUGCGUAUCAGACUGAACUUUAUACGGGCUUACUUGUACACCUGCGCUCCGAGCAGCAUAGAACUUCUGCAGAAUCAAUUUUCGGGCAGGGAGUACCUGUACGAACAUAUUCAUCUGUAUUCCAUAGCGGAUUUGGCUUUAAUUCAGCGUGGAGUGCUCUGCCAACAGCUGCAGAAAGCUUUCAAGCUGGGCGAAGCCCAUGUGCUUAAAUGCAAACUGUGCCAGUUCAAAGGAUUUAUAUGUGAGGUCUGUCAGAGUCCGAGAGUCCUUUAUCCUUUUCACAUCAGCACUACCUUUAGGUGCCUGACCUGUGGAGCUGUUUUUCAUGCAGAGUGCCUCAAUGAGAAGCAACCUUGUCCGAAAUGUGAGCGUAAACGAAAACGCGAUGAUCAGGGCCUCCAUGAUGCGGUGCAAUGUCUCAAGCAGAAGAAUGAGGUCGCUUAAGAGCAGCCAUAUUUAGUAUUUAACUUCAACAAGUGCGAUUUGUUUUAUAUGUAAUCAAAAAAAGGCUUUACUUUACAUUUAUACUAGGAUUAAGAUCUUGAUUGUUAUGGCUUAACAGCAUUUACACUUACUCAAAUAUAAAGCUUACUCCACAGCUUUGUUUAAACGUUA